UCCCUCGUUUUCUUCUGGGAUCAGAUAAGAUAUAUUCUUUAUUUACUGACACGAAUCGCAAAAUGUGAGGAUCAUUAUUCUGCUUUUUUAACUAUUUUUACGUGAAAUAUGUGAUUAAAUAUUUAUACAACUGACAAUGAGAAACUAAUCAUUCGCCUUAAAGUCCGACGGAGAAAUAGAAUUUUUUUUUUUUUAAUCAGAUAAAAGGAAAUAAUAUAUAGUUGGAAACUACUCAAAUUGUAAAGGAAAAAAAAUGUAUUCGCUUUUUAAACCAAUUGUGAAGGCUUUAUUAUCCUGCAGAAUUCCUCGUUUUGAUGAAUCAACGGAUUCAAGCAGUGAUCGUGACUCUGAGGAAGAGGAACCAGCACAAAAAGUGAUUACCAAACUUCCAACAAAGAAAGUAGAUAUUCAAACUAUAUCAAAAGAAUCUUCUUUAAGUGAUGUGUGGUUGUAUGUCGACAAUGGAGAAAAAGAUGUGAAUAAUCAGGACCGAAGACCAAUUGAAAUAGAAAACUCGCAUUCUUAUAAACAAAAGAAAAAAACUGAGCAGUUUAAUCUUAGGGAGACUGCAACAAAUUCCCCCAAAAGUUUCAAGGAUUUAAAUUUGUUCGGUGAAUGCAUCCGUUUGAAAAUUUUACGCCAAGAGGAAGAUAUUCACGUUAUUAAUGAAUUCAUGAUUUCGGUGAAAGAGAUAAAAAAGAAAUUUCAAAUAAUAAAGGGAAUAAUACCUAGAAAUGCGGAUGUAUAUAAAAAAGUUCCAUAUUCUGCUAAAGCUUGUAUUAUAUUAUUUCGAUUUUAUUUUUGUGACAAGUUUUUCAUCAGUAAUACAGAAUCAGCAAUUGAAACCUCUGUAUUGGCCCGAGACACUCAGGCAAAGCAGCUUCUGUAUAAUUGUGUAGCGAUUAUAUUUUCCUCAUCAUAUGUAUCGAAAAACAUGAAUGAUAUUAUCUUGAAUAAUACAUCAUAUUGUUAUAUCGGAUUUUCAAGUUCAUCAUUAUCAUCAGGCCAUGAUAUUUUCUUCCCUCUCUUUCCAAUCCAACUUAGCUUAAAUGAAGCAUUCCCAAAAGAUAUUAUUAAUACAGCUACAAUUGAAUCGGAAAAAGACUUUUAUUCAGUUUUAGGCGUAGAAUUGUGCUUUAAUACUGAGAAUAGAAGCAACAACUUACCUUUAACUAUUAUUUACAAUGUGAGUGGGGAUAAUUUUUCGUUUGAUGAUGAAGUUCAAGUUAAUUUGAGGCCUUCGAUUAAUAUAUCGUUUGAUCAUGACUUCUUUGAAGGACAGAAUGUUCGAAUCAAGAUUAUUGUUCAAGACAUUAAACCAAGCUUAUGUUUCUCUUCUGUAGACGAGCAAUUCGUGCAAAAAACAUUGUUUGGAACAUUUUCUGUUACUCUAUCGAGCUCGAGAAAAACUGAUUCGGAUGUUUCGCUCUUUUAUUUAAAAAAAAUAUACGUUUCGAAACCGUCUAAAAGUAGUAGCCAAAUUUUGAAAUAUGUACAUAUUUUAAAGAAAUUCUAAUAAUAAUUUCAUUAAGCUCAUCGUAUUGUGAAGACUUGGAAAACUGA